AUGUCAAGGUCCUCAGGAAAACUUACUCUGACUUGGAAGAAACCACUAGGUGAAGUCAAUGGCGUCGUAAAUGAGAUUCAGUUCAGAGGACUGGGAGAUCAGUGGAAGAGUAAAACAUUCGAAACAGCAGGAGGUGAAGAUAAACUAGACACGUUUGAACUGCUCAUCCAAGAUGGCAUAGUCUAUGAAGUGCGAAUUAGACGCAGGGCCAUACAUCUAGAACCCUACAUCUGGAGUGCCUGGAGCCAAACCAAGAAAGUACCCACUGAAAUUCAUGAGCCGCCUAAAGUUAAUUGGACAGUGGGGAAACUUGAUAAUUAUGUCAGAUUGUUGAAUCUGACCUGGGAGGCUCCCCCACGUCCUGCAUCUGCAGGAGGAGUGAAUUACAGCCUUUCCCUUUCUAUUCCUUGUCAAAAGAGACCCAAGACCAUUCGAAAUGUGAAUACCACAGAGUACAUCACUAAUGUGACUGCUUCUGAUGUCAAUGUGACUGUCAUUGCCGUUAACAAUGCAGGGAAGUCACCCACAGCACAUGUCACCAUCCCAGCCGAGCACCUCCUAGAUUGUCCUAAGGACAAGGCUUCACCACCUGACCAGAUGAAUGUGAGAAAGGUUUGUGUGGAGUGGUACAAGCUGCAAGAUGGGGUUAACGGAUCACCCUUAGGGCACAGAAGUGUCUUUAUCAAUAUAACAGAUACCAUUCGUGAAAUUAAAGAAGGCUGUGAAGACUUUGUACGCUAUCAUUACUUUGUCCACACUAAAGGGAAACAAAAAUCACGCACUAUAGCGCUGUGUCCUAUGUACAAGCGGGAGGGAGUGCCUACACAUGGACCCCAAAAUGUGACUGUUGAUGUAACAUACAAUUCUGCCAUUGUGUCAUGGGAACCAAUUCCAAUAAAAGACCAGCAAGGCUUUUUGAGGCAUUAUGUCAUUGAUAUCAAAAGUGAGCUUUACACAAAGCAAGUAAAGGUUGAAUGGUUUCAAACAAAUUGCACCAUCCAGAAUCUACCAGCUAGGACCCGAUACACUGUGCACGUUGCUGGGGAAACAGCUACGGGUGUGGGACCAAACGUAACAGUGCAUAUCUCUUUACCACAAGGAUUAUCUGAUUCUGAAUGGAUCAUUAUAGGCAUCUUGGUGGUUGUCCUGGUUCUCACAAUACUCUGCAGUGUCAUCAUCAAAAGGUUCAAAAGCAAACUGCUACCUGAAAUUCCAACACCUGUGAUAACAGAAACACCCAUCCCUUGUUCAAGGAAUAAUGAGGAGUCGUACCCCUUCGAGGAAGAGCUGCACGCUGUUACCCUUCUUCAACCUCAGCAAGAUGUAUGCAACAAGUCCCCGCCUGGCGUGGAGGAGAGUUCUCUGCUGGAGGCGCGAGAGACCACUCUCUGUGAAGACGAGGGUGAAGAGAGCCAGACCGAUUCGGACGAUUUCCAAUUCAAUUUCCCCAUGAGCCCUGACUACAAGAGGCAGAUGCUGAGCCUCCCGGCACCACUGGAGUCAGUGGAGCUCACCAGUGAACAAGCCAGCUGUGAGGUCACUACUCCUGUCUACAGGAACGGCCUGGUCUUUGAACUUAAAACUGAGGACACCUCUGACAAAGAGACAGAGCUUUAG